AGGCUUCCCUUUUGUCUUCCUUCUCAUAACCCCUCUCUCUUUCUCUCUCUGCUGUAGAGACUGAGACCUCUCAGUUGUCCCAUUUGCUUAUGCAUUACCACUCCAUACAAAUACUCAACGAACACAACUCUUUUGAGUGUUCAUAACUGAUCAAAGAACACUAAACCCCUCAAUAAAGGGGCAAAAAUAUUAAGAAAAUGGUGAACUAUCAUCUUGUUAUUGUCAUAUUUUUCUCCGUUGUUAAAUUGGUUUAUGGGUCUUCAAGAAAUCUCCCAAUUUUAGCGUUUGAUGAAGGCUACUCCCAUCUCUUUGGUGAUAAUAACCUUAUGAUCCUUAAAGAUGGAAAAUCUGCUCAUAUUUCUCUAGAUGAAAGAACAGGGGCUGGAUUUGUGUCUCAAGACCUAUAUCUUCAUGGAUUCUUCAGUGCUUCUAUUAAGCUUCCUGCUGAUUACACUGCUGGUGUGGUUGUUGCAUUUUAUAUGUCUAAUGUGGACAUGUUUGAGAAGAACCAUGAUGAAAUUGACUUUGAGUUCUUGGGAAAUAUUAGAGGUAAAGACUGGAGAAUUCAGACCAAUAUUUAUGGGAAUGGUAGCACUAGUGUUGGUAGAGAAGAAAGAUAUGGACUCUGGUUUGAUCCUUCUGAAGAUUUCCAUCACUACACUAUUCUUUGGACUGAGAAUUUUAUCAUCUUUUAUGUAGAUAAUGUCCCCAUAAGAGAGAUCAAGAGGACAGAAGCUAUGGGUGGGGACUUCCCAUCUAAGCCAAUGUCUUUGUAUGCUACAAUAUGGGAUGGUUCUGGUUGGGCUACCAAUGGUGGAAAAUACAAAGUCAAUUACAAAUAUGCCCCGUAUAUUGCCAAGUUCUCUGAUUUCGUCCUCCACGGAUGUGCAGUUGAUCCGAUUGAAUUAUCAUCCAAAUGUGAUACUGCACCAAAAACUGCAUCAAUCCCUACCGGUAUUACCCCUGAUCAAAGAAGAAAAAUGGAGAACUUUAGAAAGAAGCAAAUGCAGUAUUCGUACUGCUAUGACAAGACUCGGUACAAGGUCCCUCCUCCGGAAUGUGUGAUCGAUCCUAAGGAAGCUGAACGACUCCGAGUCUUUGACCCUGUUACAUUUGGCGGAUCCCGCCACCAUCACGGGAAACGACAUAGCCGGAGCAGAUCAAGGGCUGAGGGUGAUGUAUCCUUUCUUUAAAAGGAAGGCCACAAGUUUCUCUACACUUUGACAUGAAAAAUCAUUGUUGUCUCCUGUUUGAUUAGAGGUUUUGUUAUUUCGCCUGUGAAUAGAGGAUACAAAAGGAGAAGGGAGAUAGAAGGAAUUUCUAUAUAUGGGUCAUGAUCAAUAUUGUUGGGGUAUGUAUAUAUAUAUAUCAUACCUUUAUAGGGUCCCAGCCAUGUUCUAGUUGAAGUUUUUGUUGUUUGGGCCUUUAUUUAUAAAUUCAACUUGGUGAUGAUUUUGUGUACUUCCGUGACACUUUUAAUAAAUGCAUGGUGCAGAGAUUAUUUAAAA